UGUUGUUUUAUUUAUGAAGGAAAAAAUUUUUCAUUUUUAGAUCAUGAAAUUUUUUAUUGUUCGGUAAAAAAGUAUAAUCAUUUGCAGUAGGUUUUAAAAGGGGUACAUGAUCAAAAUGUAUGGCAUGGUAAAAACGAUACGAAAUAGUGUAGUAGGUCAAUAUCCUUCAUGUCAUAUUACUAAUCGUUUGGAAGAACGAAGAGCAAAGUCGAGAGCUUUACGUCAAGAACGAAGACGGAAGCCAGAUAAACCGGAUGAUUUUGUUACCUACGAAGAUUCAGGCAGCGAUGAGGAAACGCCUCAGCAACAGGAAGAGAUUUUGAAUACUUCAUAUAAUAUUUGCGACUUUGUACGCAGUCGGGAGAACAACCUAUUGGAGAGACGAAGUUAUAACUUUGAACAGACUACACGCUAUGUUUUAACUCAUGAUAUGUUGCGCGAGACCCAAAUUAAUUUGGGCUAUGUUAAUAAGGUGUUUUGUUCGAAAUGGCUUAGCAAUCGUCAAGUGGUUUUUGGAACGAAAUGUAAUAAGUUAUUAAUUUAUGAUGUUAAUAUGCGUAGAGUAGACGCCAUACCGACAUUGUCCGCCAAUCGUGUCAAUCAUCCGGAAGUGCAAGGUGGAUUACACUCUAUUGAGAUUAAUACAAGUCGCAGUUAUUUAGCCACCGGGGCGCGAAAUUCUGCUGACAUAGCUGUAUACCGCUUGCCGACCUUGGAUCCAGUAUGUGUAGGGGAAAACGGUCAUCGUGAUUUGAUUAUGGGCAUGUGUUGGUUGGAUGAUCAAUUCCUAGUGUCAGGCUCUAAAGACUCUCGAUUAGCUUUAUGGCGUAUUAAUGAAGACUAUAUGGAUUUUCCGGACGGUGGCAAAGAAUCUUGCCCCACAUUUGCGACCAUAAAUCCCUUGAGCAUACGUGACUGUCGGACUGCGCAAAGAAUACGUUCUCUUUGUUUCAACAAAGAAUUUCGAGAGAUUGCUGCGCUAUCGUUGAACGGUUAUAUACAUAUUUUCAAUGCCGAAACUUUUAAGCAAAAAUUAUCCCGCAAACUACCAAAUUGUCAGGACAACGUAAGCAUUGCUUAUCACUCAGACGGCUUAUAUGCCAUCGGUUGUCGUUCUUACACUAUUCUCUUGGACACAAGAACAUUACAGACAAUUAAAAAAAUAACCUCACGUUAUAGUGGUUGCGGCAUAAGAGCAACCUCUUUCGAGGGAAAUUUACUAACCGUGGGAACCGGUCUCGGUAUGUUACUCUUCUACGAUAUACGGGCCGGUAAAUAUUUAGAAAGCAGCGUAAAUGCCGCACGUACUGUUACAUUAAAGUGCAGUAAGGGCAUAGUGUAUCCCGAAGACGAAAUGGACGGAUUUAAUGUUAAAUAUGUACCCGCUAUUUAUACGCAUUGUUACGAUAGUACUGGUAUGCGAUUAUUUGCUGCAGGUGGACCAUUGCCCGCCACUUUGGUGGGUAAUUAUGCUGGAGUUUGGCAAUAAUCGGAAAUGAAGUCCUAGAACUUGUUUCUAAAUUUGUAAGAGACAUAAAACUGAUUAAGAAUUAAGUAGUAAAGUUUUAGUGGAACAAAAACGGGCAAUGAUGGAGAAGAGGGCGUUUCUACAUUUCCUCCAAUCCGUUCAAAAUUUACUUCCUUUAAAUUGCAAAUCGUUGAUAGCAAGCUUUGGCCUUUUCUUGACUUCAACUAUUCAAUGAAGACCUAUGAAAGCUAAAUGAGAGCUAAAAUCAUAUAAUCGAUAUCUUUAAUGGCCUACUCUUGGCCUUGAUGCGAUUUCAGCAUUUUUUUGAUAGAUUAAAAUUUAUAAACAUAAAUGAAAUCUAAUCAAAUCGCUUAUGACUACUUAUAACGCAUAAGACGAUGAAUUGAUUCAUCAAAAUUUUCGUCCGACAAAUUUUCUCAUUUAUAUUACAAUUUUUAUGGAGAUGAUUUGCAAGCUGAAUCCUUCCAAAUGUACUCCGAUAACGAAUGCCGACAAGAAUGCUGGAUUAAAAAUUAUUCGCUUCCCCUACACAUUAACUAUAUAUCGUUUUAAUCACGUUCUUAGCCAUUAUUUUAUUUAUUUUAUCAACUCGCUAUAAUGUGAGAAGAAAUGCAUACGAAGUUCCGGUGUAUGCGUUCGGCAAUGAUACUGAACAAUAAUUUUUUGAAUGAAGUAAGGGCAAUGGUCCGAAUUUAAUUGGUCUGACCAUAUUCAUAUUCAUUCAUUACCAUGGCCAUAUGAAGUGAUCGACAAUGUCUCUUAAGACAGAUUUAUUCAUAUGCAAACCUAUUCUACCGUUUUUCAACAUUUCCAAACUUUCUAUUGCUUUUAAAAACCCCUUUUAAACUCAUUGCCAUGAAUGUCGUAUCGAAAUUCUUUCAGUUCUUUAAUUUUUGCGUGAUAAAUAUACAUUAGGAUUGGUCGAAAAGUCCUAGGACUUGGGUUUCGGAUUUAUUAUGAAGUCUUGUGAUCUUUAUUAUGCAUGUAA